AAGGCGCCUCUUGAAUAGCGAUCGCUUCGAAAUUUGGGAAUAAAAAUCUUGUCAGAACUGGCAAAUCUGUUCGGUCUGGUGGCUGUCGGGGAGGGACGUGAGUCUCCCCCGACUGCGGCUGACAGACGUGUCGGGAGGUCGCAGGCCACAUCCCCGGGGGACGCCCUGGUGGAAUCUGGAGAGGACCGGGGACGCCUGGAUCCCUCUCAUCUGCUUAAUAUUGAUUCUGAAACUCUGUUGCCAGUCAGGUCAAUUGGUUUUGAAAAACCUUCUUUUUGGAUCCUUAAAUUCUUGUCUCAACGUGUUGUGUCUGUCCUUGUCCUUUGUUCUUUGUUUCUUGUCGUGUGUGUGUGUGUGUUCGCGGUCAUGGGCCAGAGUACUUCUACUCCUUUGUCCCUGACCCUAGGCCGCUGGUCAGAGGUCAAGGGACGAGCUCAAAAUCUUUCCCUUGUCAUCAAAAAGAGCAAAUGGCAGACUUUCUGCUCGUCCGAGUGGCCUAACUUUAAGGUCGGAUGGCCCCCGGAGGGGUCUUUCCAUUUGCCUCUCAUAAGGGAAGUGAGGAAUCUUGUUUUUCAGCCUGGCCGACAUGGACACCCGGACCAGGAGCCUUACAUUUUGGUGUGGCAAGACUUAUGUGAAAAUCCCCCGGUGUGGGUUAAGCCCUUUUUACCCCCUGAUUCCCUCUCUAGGUCGUCGGUCUCCGCUUCCGAACCUGCUAUUCUUCCUGUAAAGCCAGCUCUGCCUUCUCCUCCACCCUCUGUUCCCCCGGUUCUUCCGGACUCACAACCUGAUCUUUUCCUUCUUGAUCCCCCGCCACCUCCUUAUGCCUCGGCCAGAGCUCCGCGGCGCGACCAAGGACCUCCUCCGGCACCUGGCCCAGUUCCUCCACCCAUGUCCCCGAUGGCGGCCUCCCCAGAUUCUACUCUUGAGGGCCCCCCGCCGCCGCCAGGCAGCGGACCUGCACUGCGGACUCGGAGCCGAUUCCAGCCAGACGAAGGGCCUGUAGCCACUACUCUGCCGUUGCGCCCAUAUGGGCCAAUGGUAGACAAUGGGGAAAGGGGGGAAAUGCCGGCCCUCCAAUAUUGGCCCUUUUCCUCCUCAGACCUGUAUAAUUGGAAAAAUAAUAAUCCUCCUUUCUCUGAGGACCCCACCCGACUAACAGGUCUCGUGGAGUCUCUCAUGUUCUCUCAUCAGCCCACCUGGGAAGACUGCCAACAGCUACUCGGGACUCUCUUCACUACUGAAGAGAGAGACCGCAUACUUCUAGAAGCACGAAAGAACGUCCGGGGACUAGACGGGCGUCCGACGCAGUUGCCGAACAUCAUUGAUGACAUCUUCCCGCUAACGCGCCCUAAUUGGGAUCCAAAUUCUUCAGAAGGUAGGGAGCAUCUGUCCUCCUAUCGCCAGGCUCUUGUGGCGGGUCUCCGGGCAGCUUCCAGGCGGCCCACCAAUUUGGCUAAGGUAAGAGAGGUCGUUCAGGGCCCCACUGAGUCCCCCGCGGUCUUUUUAGAAAGGCUAAUGGAAGCCUAUCGGAGGUUCACACCCUUUGACCCGCAAUCGGAGGACCAAAGGGCUUCAGUGGCCAUGGCCUUCAUUGGCCAGUCCGCUACCGAUAUACGGCGUAAGUUACAACGCCUAGAAGGAUUACAAGACCUCACCCUUAGAGAUUUAGUCAAAGAAGCAGAUAAAGUUUUUCACAAAAGGGAAACAGAGGAAGAAAAGGAAGAGCGGAAGGAAAAAGAGAGAGAGGAAAGAGAAGAUGCUAGAGACAAAAAAAGAAAUAAAGAAUUAACUAAAAUCCUGGCCACAGUGGUAGAUAGUGGAAAGAAACAGAAAGAAAAGGGAGGCAGUACCGGGCCACGGCCAAGCUUAGACCCGAACCAGUGUGCCUACUGCAAGGAACAUGGGCACUGGAAGAAAGACUGUCCUAAGAGACCCAAGAAGGGCCUGCAGGCUAAGCAGCCUGCCCUGUUAGCCCUGGAUGAAGAUUAGGGGCGACGGGGCUCGGACCCCCUCCCCGAGCUCAGGGUAAAGUUUAACGUGGAGGGGACUCCCAUUGACUUUGAAGUAGACACUGGAGCCGUUUACUCGGUUUUGCAAGCGCCCUUGGGACCACUGUCAACCAAGCGGUCUUUAGUAAGAGGUGCCAAUGGGAGCCGAUACCGGGCUUGGACUACCAGGAGGACCAUGGACCUGGGAAGGGGAAAAGUCCAUCACUCCUUCCUUGUGAUACCUGAUUGCCCGGCCCCAUUAAUGGGGAGAGACCUGCUCACUAAACUGAAGGCCCGCAUCACCUUCGACCCUGAGGGACCCAGAGUAGAGUUUCUGAGUCCCUUGGUAGAACGGCCGGUAGUCACAGCCCUAACUAUGUCUGUAGAAGAUGAGUAUCGCCUGUACAACUCUCCAGUAGAAAAGCAGGACAUGACAACCUGGCUUGAGGAGUAUCCAGAUGCUUGGGCCGAGAAGGCCGGGCUAGGGCUGGCGGAAAACCAACCCCCAGUGGUGGUCACCCUAAAGACCUCUGCAGCACCAAUUCGGGUCAGACAGUACCCCAUGAGUAGGGAGGCUCGGGAAGGAAUUAGACCACACAUUCAGAAGCUAAUCCAAGAGGGGGUUUUGAGGCCCUGCCAGUCAGCCUGGAACACACCACUCCUCCCUGUCAAAAAGCCAGGAACGGGAGAUUACCGACCAGUGCAGGAUCUGAGGGAAAUUAAUAGUAGGGUACAGGACAUACAUCCCACUGUACCUAACCCCUACAACCUUCUAAGCACCCUUCAACCUGACAGAACCUGGUAUACUGUAUUAGAUUUGAAGGAUGCUUUCUUCUGUCUACGGCUUUGUGAAAGCAGCCAACCAUUGUUUGCCUUUGAAUGGAUUGAUCCAGAGGCCGGGAUAGCGGGGCAACUGACCUGGACAAGGCUACCCCAGGGCUUUAAGAACUCACCCACCAUUUUUGAUGAGGCCCUCCACCAGGACCUGGGUUCCUUCAGAACCCGACACCCGGAGGUGACUCUGCUCCAGUACGUAGACGACCUACUGUUGGCUGCACCGUCUCAGGAGGAAUGUGAGUAUGGGACCCGUUCCCUAUUGCAAGAACUUGCUCAGCUGGGGUACCGGGCGUCAGCUAAGAAGGCCCAGAUAUGCAGGCGGGAAGUAACUUUCCUAGGAUAUACUCUCCGGGAAGGAAAGCGGUGGUUGACGGAGGCCCGGAAAAAGACUGUUGUGCAGAUUCCCGUACCCGCCUCCAGGAAACAACUCCGAGAGUUCCUGGGGACGGCUGGGUUCUGUAGACUAUGGAUCCCGGGGUUUGCAUCAUUAGCCGCCCCACUUUAUCCACUUCUAAAAGGGGAUGCGGAAUUUUCCUGGGGGCCAGAACAGCAGCAGGCCUUUGAUGACAUCAAGAGGGCCCUAUUGUCAGCCCCAGCACUGGCACUCCCCGAUGUUGAGAAACCCUUCACCCUCUACAUAGAGGAGCAAGGAGGGACAGCCCGAGGAGUCCUAACCCAGACCCUAGGACCCUGGAGGAGGCCAGUGGCCUAUCUGUCCAAACGCUUGGACUCGGUAGCAGGAGGAUGGCCCCGCUGUCUUAAAGCUAUCGCUGCCGCUGCUCUGUUAGCCAAAGAUGCCGAUAAACUGACUCUAGGACAAAAAUUGACCAUCAUAGCCCCGCAUGCUUUGGAAAGCAUUAUCAGGCAGCCCCCAGACCGGUGGCUCUCAAAUGCACGCAUCACCCAUUAUCAGAGCAUUUUGUUGGAUAAGGAUCGAGUAACCUUUGGGCCCCCUUCUACCUUAAACCCUGCCACCCUGCUCCCGGACGAAGCUGCGGAUCCAGUCUUGCACUCCUGCCAAGACAUCCUGGCAGAGGAAGCAGGAAUCCGCCACGACCUGAAGGACCUUCCAUUACCCAACUCAGAAGUAACCUGGUUCACGGACGGUAGCAGCUUCCUGCGAGAGGGUAAGAGACAUGCGGGGGCGGCGGUGGUCAGCAGAACUAAGACCAUAUGGUCAGCAGGGCUGCCAGAAGGGACCUCAGCCCAGAAAGCGGAGCUGAUUGCUCUCACAAAAGCCUUAGAAUUGGCUAAAGGAAAAAAGGCUACCAUCUAUACAGACAGUCGCUAUGCAUUUGCUACUGCUCAUGUACAUGGGGCCAUAUACCAACAAAGAGGACUACUAACCUCAGCCAGAAAGGACAUUAAGCACAAGGCUGAAAUCCUUGGACUAUUGGCGGCAGUUCUGCUGCCCACCGAAUUGGCUAUAGUCCAUUGCCCUGGUCAUCAGAAAGGAUCAGACCCUAUAGCCGUAGGGAAUCGGCGGGCAGAUGAGGAAGCCAAGGCAGCAGCUCUUCGAGGGGCAGGAGUUCUGGCACUAAUAACUGAGACCCCAGAGGAGAAUCUGGCACCCACGACUGUUAAAAGUAAGGAACAACAGGCAACUUCCUACUUACAGCACGUUCAUCAGCUCACUCAUCUAGGUGCCAGAAAAAUGCAAGAACUGCUGAGGGAACAACCCUUUUCCUUAGCGGCUACAGAGAACAAGAGGUUGACGGAACAAGUAGCUAAGAAUUGCCAGGCCUGUCAGAUUGUGAAUGCACAUCAAUCCCAAACCUCAGAGGGUAAGAGACUAAGAAGAAAUAGGCCUGGCCAAUUCUGGGAAGUAGACUUUACUGAAAUCAGGCCAGCCAAAUAUGGGUUAAGAUUUCUCUUAGUUUUUGUAGAUACUUUCUCAAGAUGGGUAGAGGCCUACCCCACCCGGAAGGAAACAGCCCAAGUGGGUAAAAAAAAUUAUAGAAGAACUUUUUCCUCGGUUUGGACUGCCCCAGGAGACCUCAAGGUGCCCCACUCCUUCCACGUUGGAGAUUCAGUGUUCGUGAGGAGGCACCAGACCCACAGCUUAGAGCCCCGGUGGAAAGGACCCUACGUAGUGCUGCUGACCACUCCAACUGCGGUGAAAGUAGAUGGCAUCUCAUCAUGGAUCCAUGCCUCUCAUCUCAAGCCUGCCCCACAGCCAGGACCUGAAUGGACAAUGGAGAGGACUGACAAUCCUCUUAAGCUUCGCCUUCGCCGUAAGCCCUUGCCUGCCCAGUCCGAUGGCAGGUAA